AGUUCCAAGACUAGCGCUCACCAGCAGAGACAGAAUUCCCAAGUGAACAGAGCAGCUCCUCUGCCUUCCAGAUACAGAAAUGGCCUGCACUUUCAGCCCCCGAGAAUGUAAACUGUCCAAACAAGAAGGGCAAAGCUAUGGCUUCUUCCUGAGAUCUCUCCCAGGUAAAAAGGGAGUGUACAUGACAGAUAUAACACCUCAAGGUGUGGCUAUGAAAGCUGGUGUUCUGGAUGAUGAUCGCGUGAUUGAAGUGAAUGGAGAGAAUGUAGAAGAUGCCAAACACGAGGAAGUAGUUGAAAAGGUGAAGAAGUCAGGAAGCCAUAUCAUGUUUUUGCUGGUGGACAAAGAAACAAACAACCAGCAUAGUGAGCAGAAGAUACAAUUCAAGAGAGAAACAGCCAAUUUGAAACUGCUACCCCACCAGCCUCGAGUUGUGGACAUGAAAAAAGGAAGCAAUGGCUAUGGUUUCUAUCUGAGGGCAGGCCCAGAACAGAAAGGUCAAAUCAUCAAGGACAUAGAUUCUGGAAGUCCAGCAGAGGAGGCUGGCUUGAAGAACAAUGACCUCGUAAUUGCUGUUAACGGCGAGUCUGUGGAGACCCUUGAUCAUGACAGAGUGGUGGAAAUGAUUAGAAAGGGUGGAGAUCAGACUUCACUGCUGGUGGUAGACAAAGAGACAGACAACAUGUAUAGACUGGCUCGUUUUUCUCCAUUUCUCUACUAUCAAAGCCAAGAACUGCCUAAUGGUUCUGUUAAGGAGGAUGCAGCUUCCACUCCGACUGCUACUCCUCUGACAGUCUCAAGUCCAGAUACUAAAGAGGAAGUUGAUCAUAAACCUAAACUCUGCAGGCUGGUUAAAGGUGAAAACGGCUAUGGCUUUCACUUAAGUGCGAUUCAGGGUCUGCCAGGCUCAUUCAUCAAAGAGGUACAGAAGGGUGGCCCUGCUGACCUGGCUGGGCUGGAGGAUGAGGACAUGAUCAUUGAAGUGAACGGGGUGAAUGUGCUGGUUGAAUCCUAUGAGAAGGUGGUGGACAGAAUCCAGAGCAGUGGGGAGAAUGUUAUACUCUUAGUUUGUGGAAAGAAGGCCUAUAACUAUUUUGAAGCUAGGAAAAUCCCUAUUGUUUCCUCCAUGGCUGAUCCACUGGAUGCCCCUCCAGAUUUCAAAGAAGGAACAUUGGCGGAGUCACAGCAUAACUCGCACAUGGCAAAAGAACGAGCCCACAGUACAGCCUCACAUUCUUCUUCUAAUUCUGAAGAUACAGAGUUGUGAUGAGAAAAAACAACGGCUUUGGCUGACAGCUGUUUCUGGCUGUUUAACAGGAAUCCUUUCUCAAGGAGUGAGCUGCCACUUGUUUACUGUCUCUGUUAAAGAACAACUCCUCUGGAAACCAUUCAUCAUGUGUGAUUGUCUUCUGUUGUCAUCUGCCUUAGGUGCAGCUAUUGCAAAUGGAUUAUUUAUUGUCAACUUAGAAAAAGCUAAGGCAGAAGCCAAAUUCUUUUCAUGUGAUCUCUUCCAAGCUUCAACCUAAGCACAUUUCUCUGUAUGAUGAUAUCUUACUUCUAUACGAUCCUUGAGGACCAAAAAUGAUUCAUAAACCUCUAUGUGAGAGCUGCUAAUUAAAGUAUCUGAGCAGAUAAGCCUAUUAAAAUUAUGCUUUUGUAACAAUGCUGUGGUUGCUAGAAUAAAUACCAUUAAAAAUGCCUUUUGAAUAUGC